UGUCUUAAAUUUUAAGAUAACGUGGGGUAUAUAAACAUUGAGAUGGGUCCGCUUGAGACAUAACUUCAAGAGAUACACGAUGGCUUUCAAAAUCGCGUGCGUAGUCCUGGCUCUGGCAGUGGUGGCCCUUGGUUACCCUCAGCAUGGUGGUUACGGAGGUAGCCACGGCGGUCACGGCAGUCACGGCGGUCAGGGUGGCUACGGUCAGGGUGGUCAGGGUGGUAUUCAUGAAGACGUAGGUUUCGGACACAAUGGACACGGAGGACAAGGUCAGCACGGCCAAGGAUUCCAGCAGGACUCAGGUUUUGGACAAGGAGGAUUUGGCGGUCAAGGUGGUCAAGGACAACACGGUCAGCACGGCCAGGGCCAAGGCGGCUUUGGACAGCACGGUCAGGGCGGUUUCGGUCACGACAGCGGUUUCGGUCAAGGCGGUCAAGGAGGCUUUGGACAACACGGUCAGGGUGGUUACGGUGGCGCCCAUGGCAACCACGGUGGCGGUUACCAGACACACGGAUACUAAAAAGUGAAAAGUAACCUGUUAUUAUGACUACUUAUCAAGGAUUCAGUUCAAGGCUUGUGAGAUAUCCCACCAGAAUUGUUUUUAAAUAUACAAACUAUAAAUAAAUGUAACAACAAUAA